AUGUUUGGAAAAGUUAGAUUUCUUUGCUUAAAUAUAUUAAUUAUAUUUGGCUCAAUAACAUCCAUACAAGGUGGUUGCGAAAUACAUUUGCCAAAUAAUGCGACUAAACCAAAUUUGUAUAGAAUUGUUGGUUCACGUAAAAUGGAAUUGAAUGCUAAACCAACAAUUAGUUUUGAAAAUGUGGAUUAUGUGGAGUUCCAUGAAAAUCAAGUAAUACAAGCACAGUGUGACCUUAAAUUUCAACUCAUUACGGAUUUCGAUAACGAACAGCUUGAGAAGUGGAUAGCUCUUUCAAAGUAUGAACACGAUUUGGUAAUAAUGCAUUCAAAACUCUAUUCAUCAUUAAAUCUGCAUUUGUUACCUCUAAUUGAGUCUGUGUGGUGGCCAAAUUUACGUCUUCACAAUUGGAAAAAUUAUGUAACAGCUCUCGAGCAACAUGUCGAGAGUGAAAAUCAAACCUACGACAUUUUAGCAGGUGUAUCUGGUGCCAUAAAGGUACCCAUUAUUGAAGAUUGUCAAACGAAUUAUACGUUGAAGGAAGUGAGUUAUGAAAUGGAGCGGAAAAUACCAUUGUAUGUUUGGAAUUAUAUACAGGCCAGAGACAAUAGCUCGAAUGGGAUUGUCAUUAUUGGCAUCAAUUCGCCAUUUCAAGAGUUAUACUCAGCAGAGGAAAUUGUAUUUUGCCCGGACAAAUGUCAGGAAAUUCCUUGGUUAAAAGAAGUUAGCUCUACUUUUCGUUAUAGAAUAAUGGGCACUAUAUUUUGCUGUAACGUUGAAGAUGUUAAAUCUUCAAAACAUUUAGAUGGCUUUCCAGAAAAUGAUAUGCAAUCGAUUCCGGCUGAAACAUCAUUUAUAUUAAAUCACGUACCAUUAACUGAGUAUAAUUAUAAUGAUAAUAGCGAUGAUUAUAAUGCUGAAGAUUAGCAGUGAUUUUCCCCACUCUUAUUCAUUUAUAAAAAAUUUAAUUAUUCUUUCUUUUUAUAGACUUUUAAACCUCAUUAGCAAUAAAACCUUAACUUAAAAUCAGUACUAAAUGGUUAAUA